AUGUCUUCUAGGGAUGAUAGCAAGGCUCUAAGCUUCGAGGCACCUUUGUAUUUAUGGGGAGGCUCCUUAGUGCCCAAUGACGUGCAGGUCAAGCUACUGAAGUCUCAGACUGAUAACAAGCCUCUGGUGGAUGUGAAUGAUCGUGGCGCUAGGAUCAUUACCUUUCGUCCUUUUUAUUUCUCCUUGGGCUUCAAAUUCCCGUUGUCGAAGCUUUUCAAGGAGGUGUUCUACGCCAUGGAGUGUGCUCCGAGCCAGUGUACUCCCAAUGUUUACCGAGCGAUCAUGUGCUUCGAGAAUCUGAGCCGUUUCUUCACGUUGGAGCUGACGGUGCGAGAGUUCUUUUAUUUUUUCGAAGUGAGGCACUUCGAGCGGUAUGCCCAAGUUCGCGUCUACAAGACUAAGCUGUUCGAUGGUCUUAUGCUUGGCAUGACGACAUGUUGGAAGUCAGCGGACGGUGGGAGGGCGACAUUGGUGACGGCCCACUUGUUCCCACCACCUAUUGCUAUGGUAUUGAGCGACAUCAGCAAGCAAUUGGAGCUUGGACCGGACAUGGCUAAGGUCCGCUGUGCUUUGAACAUCCCUCUAAAGUUUCGCAAGUGA